AUGGCGUCGCAUACCAGAGAAGGCUCGGUGAUCAAAUCGGCGAUAUCCACGCUUAAAGACGACAGAAUUGGGCCCUGGACGCUUGGCGCGACGCUGGGCUCCGGGAGCACCGGUAGAGUAGUAAUGGCGCAAAACGUCGAGUCUGGGCAGCAAGCCGCGGUUAAGGUGGUGUCCAAAGCGAUUUUCAACGGACAGAACAACGCGACAUCGACCAUCGUCGGGUGUAGCGACCCGGACGUUCUGCCGUACGGCAUCGAGCGUGAGAUCAUUAUCAUGAAGCUGCUGAACCACUCGAACGUGCUGCGGCUUUACGACGUGUGGGAGACCAACAAGACGCUUUACAUGGUUCUCGAAUACGUCGAGAAGGGCGAGCUUUUCAAUUUGCUCGUGGAACGCGGCCCGUUGCCCGAAAACGAGGCGGUCCGGUUUUUCCGUCAAAUCAUCAUUGGGAUCUCGUAUUGCCACGCGCUAGGCAUUGUGCACCGCGAUCUGAAGCCCGAAAACCUGCUGCUGGACCACAAAUUCAACAUCAAGAUCGCCGACUUUGGAAUGGCCGCCCUGGAAAGCAAGGACAAAUUGCUCGAGACCUCGUGCGGGUCGCCGCAUUACGCAGCGCCCGAGAUCGUCUCGGGAUUGCCGUACCAUGGCUUUGAGAGCGAUGUGUGGUCCUGCGGUGUAAUUUUGUUUGCACUGCUGACGGGCCGGUUGCCCUUCGACGAAGAAGACGGCAACAUACGGAACCUGCUGCUCAAGGUUCAGAGCGGUCACUUCGAAAUGCCACAAGAUGAUGAGAUCUCGGAAGAAGCGCAAGACCUGAUUUCUAAGAUUUUGGUCGUGGAUCCCGCAAGCAGGAUCAAGACCAGAGAAAUUCUCAGACACCCGCUGCUCCAAAAAUAUCCAAGCAUAAAGGACUCCAAAAGUAUCAGAAACCUGCCGCGCGAGGACACUUACCUGAACCCUCUCGAGAACGUGAACGGGGUUAUCAACGACGCCAUUUUAGACAAUUUAGUGGUGCUGUGGCACGGCAGGAAUCGCGACGAGAUUGUACAGAAACUACGGGAGCCGGGCGCCAAUCUUGAGAAAACUUUUUACGCCCUACUUCAUCGUUUCAAGCACGAUAGCCAUCAAGAACAGAUCAAGCAGAAACGCGUGAGCGGCACCUUCGGCAGUUCACCUAGCAAAGCCGCCGUCCGCCGUUCUAACUCAAGGAGGUCCGUCAACAGUACAGUAACUCCAAAGAAAAAAAACAAGGCGCCGGUAAUAAGUGCAUCGUCUUCCCAUAAGCGGCCUGUUUCUUUCAGCAAGCUGCCUACAUUAAACACACCAACCUCGAAGAAUAAGAGAUCCUCGGUGAAUAUAUCCUCGAAGAAAAGAGCCUCUGCUCUUGUAAACGUCAAUGCUUCGCCAACUCCCAUGAACAAGAGAAUGUCACUCAAAGACGUCGAUUUAGCUGCACAUCCAAUACCGGUUGAUAUGCUGAAGGACUAUGGCGUUGCCAAUUCUAAGGCAACCAAGCGGUCUUCUAAGAUCACCAAAAGACUUUCCUUCUUACCUGCAGGCAAAAGGGGGUCCAUGACUACGAAGCUAAUUGCCACAUACGCCAAGAUAUCAGAGGAAGACGAUUGGGAAUUUAUUGAGAAGGAAACCCGGAGAACAAGCGCUGAUUUUGCGACGCUAUGUGAUCAAAUCUUCGAACAUGAAAAGUUCGAGCAAAUAAGGAAGGAAAAGGAAGAAUUGGAAAGACGUGUUAAUGAAGCGAGAGAAAAAGAAGAGCGCGAAAAGCGUGAGCGUGAAGAGAAACAAAGGCUAAAACAAGAAGGGGAAAGACUGGAGCAAGAACGACUCGCCAAGGAACACGAAGACCGGCAGAGGGACUUGCAAGAGCAACUUGACGAGGAAAUCAGAAAACUAAAGGCUGAUUAUGAAAAUUCGAAUAACGUCAGCUCGCAAAUUCGUUCGAUUUCUGCUCCAGUGGACAAUCACGUAAAAUCAAAAAACAGAACAUCAAACGCGGAACUAGAGAAAGAAGUGAAUGAUUUACUAAACAGGCGAACCUUCUCUCUGGAUCCACGUCCUGUUUCCAGACUAGACCCCGGCAUGGUUACCACUGGCAGAGAUGAUGUUGACAGUGGUGAGGAGAAGAGUCUAGCCAUGGAAAAGAGCAUUUUAGAGACUAUUAGGCGCUCCAAAUUUUUAGGCUCGUCUUUUGAUAUCAAAAAGGAGCUUGAAAGAAGUAGGAGAAUGGCAGAGGAAAAGCCCAGAGUAGAGUCUGAUAGGAAUGACCAACGUUUUGCUUCGUCGGCGACUACUAGUUCUACCACGAAUCAUGCUUUCGAAUCUCAAGCUCUUCCAAAAAAUGCCGCUGCCAAACCUACGGUUGAAGAUCACGUAACGGACCCACGAAAAAUAUCUGACGUUCGUGUUCCGCAAUUUACCAGGCGGUCGAGACAUUUUACCUCCUCCAACAAAAGACUUUCUGUUCUCUCUCUGUAUUCCUCUAAAGCGUCGUACACAAACUUAGCUGACCACUUGAGAGGCGGUACAGAACUGAAUCCUAUGAAUGUCAGUGCUCCGUCGAGUGCAAAAGUCAGCCAAGAGGCAGAGUUCAUGUUUGAGAGUGUUGAUGGAGAAGGCAGGGAUACAGCAGAAACUUCAGCGGACAGCAGACUUUAUGAAAUUUCGGAGGCUUUGGACUCCAAGACACCUUCGAAAUCUGCCAUCAAGCUAAACUUUGCUGACAGAUUUGCCGAUGACAAAUUUAAGAGUGGGAGUGAUGAUGACACGGACAUGUUGCCAACGUUACCCCCAUUGGAUAAGAGUAAAUCGGGCAAAAUCAACGGUCUGGGCAUAUAUCAGCCUUCGAAAUCAUCAGACGAGAAUUUGUCUGAUGGAGAGGCUCGUAAGGCUAAUCCCCGCUCAACAAUACAAGAAAAGGAUUCUCAAGAUGCCAAGGAAACGAAGGAAAUCCCCUCUGAAAAGCCUUCAGUUCCAUCCAAAAAGCCAGCAAUUCAACGUCCAAAACAGGCUGAUAAAGUUAAACAGCCAGGGUCAAAUAGAAUGCCUUUAACUGACAUUACACCUACUGUUGAAAAGAGAAGGAACAAAUCAUUAUUCGGGAAACUUUCUAAGGGUAAUGAUGGCAAAGUUCCAAUGACCAAAAAUAGCAAGCUCAACACAACGGUACCAGAAGACCAAAUGUUCAACGCAUUGACGAAACUGCUUCUUUCCUGGAAAGACUACGGUCUCAAGGAUGUACGAUCCGUGGCUUCUAAACGAAUCAUCACUGGCAAACUAAGCAGUGAAAACCUUUUUUCCUUAAGAUCGACACUCUUUGAAAUUAACGUCUCAGAACGCGGUACAGGCUCCUGUAUUAAUUUCACUAAACAUUCCGGUUCCAGCAAGACACUAGGAAGACUAAUCAAGGAAAUCGAGAAAAUCCUAGAGUCGAAAAACGUCCUUGUUUUCAGUAACUAA